ACAGAUUUUUUAUGUCUGGUGGGGAAACUAUUUACUUUGCAAUUUCUAUAAAUAUAUACCGUCAUAUAUCUGUUAUUACACAAAUAUUUUCAUAAUGAAGUUUAUCAAGUUCUUAUCCGUGCUGUGUUUAGUGGUUGUCUGUUGUAAUUCAGCCCCUUACGAAUAUAUUCCUGGUAUUGAAUACAAUGGAGACAUAUAUGUUCCUUUGGAAUUCGCUCCUGGUAUACGAGUAGUCCGAUCUCCGAGGCACCAUCAUGGAGGAUCAUCUGCAAAUGCUGAUGCAAACGCAGAGGCUGGUAGUCUCAGCGGUCCUUUUGGAGGAGGUGAUGCCAACGCCAAAGCUCAAGCCAGUGCCGAUGCAGGUGGUUUUGUCUUCCCUGGCCAAUUUGGAAACAACGAAGGAGGAUUUAACAAACUAGGAGGUUUUGAAGGUCCAGGUCCAGGCUUUGGAGGACCUGGCAGUCAUCAUGGCGGUCCAGGUUUUGGAGGACACGGGCAGCCAGGUUUCGGACCACCAAGACCAGCCGGACCUGGUGCAUUUGGAGGGCCUGACUUUGGAGGAUCUAAUGCGGAAUCUAACGCAAAUGCCAAUGCCGGAGAUGGUUCUUCAUUCCACGGUGGACAGGCAGCUGGACACAAUGGACAAGGAGGUGCCAAUGCGGGUGCUAGUGGAACUGGAGAAGCCAAUGCUAAUGCACAAACCCAAACAUUUACUGGGAAUGGCUUUACUGCGACCUCAUCCUCCGCAAGCAGCUCCAGCAAAAGCCAAGGUGGUUAUAAUGGAGGUGCAAACAGCGUAGCUACGGCCAAUGCUGUUGCUAGUAGUUAAAUUUUAAAUGUUAUAUUUAUUAUUUUUAUAUAUGUUUUAAAAUAAAUCCCACCUGCACCCUAA